AUGGAUAAUUUACCAGGAAAGGUAGCUAGAGCGUUUAAGGAGGAUAGCGAAGAUGUUGUAACGUUGGUGACGGUAAUUGACCUUUACUGCUCGCAAGUCAAUCGAGAAGGAACUCGUGCGCAAAAGGAAGCGUUUCUCGAAGCAUUAUUUUGCCAGCUUACUUUAAAUAAAGAAGUUUUGGCCAAAAUCGCUUGGGACCUUCCUAAAUCGCUUUUGAACUUUAUAGUGAUUGAAAAUGUCGACACCGAUAAGGCUCUUUUGAAAAGUAAGGUCUUUCGUCUAGUCGUCAAGUGUUUUAAUGAAAUCUCGCUGCAUGGUAAUGCUAAGGAGUGUUUUUUAACCGGAUGUGAAAUUUUGAGCAAGUUAAAGCGUGACAACCUCGAACUCGAAGACGAUAACGCUGAAGCUGAUGAAAAGGUUGAGACUUCAGCAAGCUUGUUAUCGUCUAUCGAAUUGUCGGACGGAACAGAGGAGGCGCGGAGCGAGGACUUCGUAGCAGAAGCAAUCAAGCUGCCUCACGAGAAAACUGAGAACAAGUCUGAAGAUAUACCACGCCAUUUGCGGGACGAUUUCGUUGCGCCUCCACUUGAAAGGGGUGUCGAGGAAUUCAUCCUUGAAUUAAGACUGCACGUUGUGUUGGAAAUGGUCACAACUACUCUAAAACGAAUCCACACGUUAUAUCCGUCCCGUUUUCUUGGAAUGGCUGUUGGAUCGUUAUUUGCUUUUGGUCGUUCGAAUGCCGACCAAAUUGAUGAUAGCGUCUUCGUUCUCCGCAGAGUGUUUGCGUUUGCCAGAGGAUAUAUCCCUCCGCAACCUACUCAAGAGGUGAUUAGAGACAUCCCCAAAGAUGACUAUAACAAAAUCGUUGAGGAUGAAAACUGCUUGCAACGCAAGCUUCUUCGGAGCUUGAUAACAACCUCACUAAAUCUGUUUUUGAAGAAAUCAGAGCUACAUGUGGCAGAAGCUCUUUUUGCGCAGAUAAAAAACCUUCAGUUCGAACCCGAUUCUCUUUGGACUGUAGUGAAUGGCAUAAGUUCGAGAUACUUUCAAUUGGCUCUGUCGUUCGACAUAGAUCUGGAAAAGGAAUUUGUUACACGCUGUAUCGAGGAAUCUAAAAGAAUUUAUCAAUCUCUGCCCAAAGACUCAGAAAUUGUGAACGAUAAUGCUAGGAAAGCCAUAGGCCAAGUCAUUUACCAGCUGGCUUAUACCUACAAUUUGCAAAAAUUAGCAAACGAAAAAGACCUCUCUUUGGAUGCCGGCAGUAUUCUCAUUUUAUCGGCUAGCCACUUCUUGGAGAAGAAUAAACCACUUUAUCCUGGCAUCAAAAUCGACGAUUGCAUUUACAUGUAUCUCCGAUUCGUAACCCCAGCCAUGUUUUCCCAAGCAUACGAUCACGAUUUUAUGGUCGACGUCUGCCACUAUUGGAUUUUGACAGCGGUUUUGAAUGUUCCGUGUCAUGAAAAUAGAAAGAUACUCAGCAAACUUCCUUCCUAUUUGAAUGUUAUCUUCCUUCAAAUUUUGUUGCUUAAGGCAACAACUCCAGCAGGUGGUAAACAGCGGAUGGUUCUUUUGACAACGUUGACAAGGGUAUUGUGUUUAAUGCCUGAGAACAUCACGUUUGACUUUGCCGUCGAUACGCUCCUAAGCUGUCCAUUUCCUCAUAUCAAAUGCUGUAUGUUGGGAAUUUUGAAAGACUUGAUGAUCAAUACUCGGCCACACGAAUCGGAUGUCACCGACGCACUUUCAACAUUGUCGAUUAAGGAUGAUGCCUCCGACAAAAAAGCGCCACCAGUGCCUCCUAGGCCUUUCCUUGUCAUCACCGAGGACCGAAUGGCUGCAAUACAUAGCCUCGCAUUGUUAGCCCUCAAAAGCUUAAAGCAAAGUCCUAGUAAAGAAACUUCUACGCUGAUGUUAACUUACCUUAACUUUCUAUCUGGUCUGAGAAUGAAAUGGGACUUGAUCUUUCUUGGAGAAAUAGUGAAAGAGUUGUCACAAUUUCUACAGGAGGAAGAAUCCGAGUUAAGCGAACUAGAGUUUCUUCGAAUCGCAAAUAGUGACCUCAUAGCCUUUUUAGAGGAGGAAACCAAAGCUUGA